AUGACCGACGCUUCUGACAUCCGCACUGCACUGCUCCACGCCCGCAAGAUGCUCCUUGAGGACCCGACCUGUGACACCACGUCGAUUCUUGCCAAAUCAGGCGACACAGCCGUCGGGCUUUACCCCCCGUCGCCAGAGGAGUGCUCAGAUUUAUGGCACAGAGGGCGGUCGGCUGCGCACACCUUCGGCGUCACUUACGACACAAUCGGCUCCGUCGACGCACUACGGGACGCCAUUGCCCAAUGGACCAACGCUAAGUGCCUGGCGGACACCGGCACUUCUGAGGUGUGGCAGGAUGCAAAGCUUAAGAUCAUCCCAGCUAUCACCAUGGCUAUGGGCGCAGACGCUGUGUUAUACGCCAGCGCCACCAACCGCGGUAACUCAACUACCCUGGCCGCCCGCAAACGCAGCUAG